AGAUAAUAUUAGAGCGCUGUAUACCGUCGCGAAAGAACAUGUUAUCCCAACAUGUAUUGACCUUGACCAUCUUCCUCUUCUUCCUGGUCUGUUUCUGCCACUCCCUCCAUGAUCGCCUAACCUCAGUAACACCACUCUACCCCGGUGACAAGCUCGUCUCCGACAAUGGUGGCAUGUUUGCUCUCGGCUUCUUCAACCUCACCACCGUCAACUCAACGCGAAGCCUGUACCUCGGCAUAUGGUACAACAACAUCCCCGAGCGCACCUACGUCUGGGUAGCCAACCGCAACAGCCCAAUCACCACGCCUUCAGCAAAGCUAGUCCUCACCAACACUUCCCGCCUGGUGCUGUCCGACUCCGAGGGCCGCGUAGUCUGGGCGACAGACAACAGCGUCGUCGCCGGCGGCAGCGGCACCGGCACCGGAGGCUCCGGAGUGCUGCGGAGCACGGGGAGCUUCGAGCUGGAGCUGCAGCUGCCCAACGGCACAGCAGGCGUGGUGUGGAAGAGCCUCGACCACCCCACCGACACCAUCCUCCCGACCUUCAGGCUGUGGACCAACUACAGGGCCCACACGGCGGUGCGCGUCGUCGCCUGGAAGGGCCCUCGGGACCCUUCCGCCGGCGAGUUCUCCCUCAGCGGCGACCCCGGCAGCCGGGGCCUCCAGAUCGUCAUCUGGCGGGGCACAGGCACAGGCACAGCGGGCGGCCGCUCGUGGCGCAGCGGCGUGUGGAACGGCGCGGGCGCCUUCUCCUCCAUCAACAGGUUCGUGUACUCCCAGGUCGUCGACGACGGGGGCACGAUCUACGCGGCGUACAACGCCGCCGGCGGCCCCACGACGCACUGGAAGCUGGACUACACGGGGAACGUGAGCCUCCGCGUCUGGAACGUCGAGUCGUCGUCGUGGAGCGUCCUCUUCGAGGGCCCCGGCACCGGCUGCCUGGGCUACGGCGCGUGCGGGCCGUUCGGCUACUGCGACGCCACGGGGCGCGACGGCGGCGUCCAGGAGUGCAAGUGCCUCGACGGGUUCGAGCCGGAAGACGGCUUCUUCCGCGACUUCUCCAGAGGGUGCCGGAGGAAGGAAGCGCUGCAGGCGUGCGGCGGCGGCGGCGAAGGUGGCGGCGGGAGGAGGCAUUAUUUCCUGGCCUUGCCGGGGAUGAAGGUGCCCGACAAGUUCCUGUACGUCAGGAACAGAAGCUUUGAGGAGUGCGCUGCCGAGUGCGACCGCAACUGCUCCUGCACCGCGUACGCUUAUGCCAACUUGAGCGGCAUCGUCACCAUGAGUGCCACCAGUGACGUGUCAAGGUGCUUGCUUUGGAUGGGGGAGCUUGUCGACACCGGCAAGGACAGUGAUUUAGGUGAAAACUUGUACCUUCGGCUGGCCGGCUCUCCCGGAAACAACAACAAGAAGAAGAUCGGCAGCAUGGCUAUGGAGAUUGUGCUCCCGGUGAUGGCAUGUCUGUUGAUGCUCACAUCAUGUGUAUGUCUUGUCACUAUAUGCAAGUCAAGAGCUCGCACGCGACGAUGGAACAAGGAAGCACACGAGAGGAGCGUUCACGGUUUCUGGGAUCAAAAUCCAGAACUAUCGUGUACAAGCUUUGCGGAGCUCAAAGCAGCAACAAAUAGUUUUCACGAAGCCAACUUGCUUGGACAAGGCGGCUUUGGAAAAGUAUACAAGGGGACACUGGAAGAUGGCAGGGAAGUUGCUGUCAAGAGGCUGAGCAACGGCUCUGAGCAAGGUAAAGAACAGCUCAGAAACGAACUAGUCCUCAUUGCGAGUCUGCAGCACAAGAACCUGGUCAGGCUUCUGGGCUGUUGCAUCCACGAAGACGAGAAGCUGCUCAUAUACGAAUACCUGCCCAACAAGAGCUUAGACAAAUUCCUCUUCGAUCCUGCGCUCAAGUCCAUGCUCGACUGGCCAAAACGGUUCAACAUAAUCAAAGGGGUAGCUCGUGGAAUCCUUUACCUCCACCAGGACUCAAGGAUGGUGAUCAUCCACAGAGAUCUCAAGGCGAGCAACAUCCUGCUGGACGCAGAGAUGGACCCCAAGAUCUCCGACUUCGGCAUCGCCAGGAUCUUCGGGUGUAGGGAGCAGCAAGCAAGUACUCGACGAGUUUUUGGGACAUACUCCCUCCGUUUCUUUUUAUUUGUCGCUGGAUAGUGCAAAAUUGUACUAUCCAACGACAAAUAAAAAGAAACGGAGGGAGUAGUAAGUAUUCUUAUAGCUAGCUAUUCAAAUCCUGACUACGUACGUACGUACUUAGCUUGCUUUGCUUGUGAAAUGGUUCGGACACACAGCGGUUACAUGUCGCCUGAGUACACUAUGGAGGGCAUCUUCUCGGUCAAGUCCGACACCUACAGCUUCGGCAUCUUGCUGCUGGAGAUAGUCAGUGGGCUGAAGAUCAGUGCCCCUCCUCAUCUACUGACGGGCUAUCCAAGCCUUAUUGCCUACGCAUGGAACCUAUGGAAAGAUGGGACGGCGAGGGAGUUCGUAGACGCCAUGGUCGUGGAGAGCCGCUGCUCGCUUGACGAAGCCCUGCAGUGCAUCCACAUCGGGCUGCUGUGUGUGCAGGACAGCCCGAACGACAGGCCGCUCAUGUCGUUGGUCGUGUCCAUGCUCAACAACGAGGCCGCGCCACGCCCAGUGCCCAGCCAGCCGUUGUUUUUCGCGCAGAGGUACCAUGAAGCCCUGGCGACGAGAGGAGACUAUUCGGAACACUCUGCUAAUGACGUCAGCCUGUCGAUGCUACAAGGCCGAUAGAUGUUAUGGCCCGUCGUUUGGAUCCCUUCGAUUUUGAAGGAAUUAGAAUCUACUUAACAGAUCAGGCUAUUUUGUUUCGAAUUUGACAUUUUACCGUUUUCCAAAGUUUAGAUAUAAAGCUAUUUCAAAUUGA